AUGUCUACGACCGCCACUCUCGCCAGCUCGACUCCGGCGCAAGACGAUCCCAGCUUCAUCCCCCGCGGCCCCGUCGACGCCUCCAUCGUCUUCUACCACCCUCCCCCCGACGGCUCCAAACCAUUCUACUACGUCGAAACGCCGCCGCCAGGCGAGCCGCAGCAAAACUACUCCGAAGCCCCCCACUCCGUCUCCCUCACCGACAUCCGCAACCACGAAUCCGACUUCACCCUUGACAAAGACGCCUUCCAGACCCUGCAGCACCUCCCCCCCUCCCGCGCCGACCCUUCCUUCACCGACGACGCCAACAUCAAAGCCGUCUACUACCCAGAAGUCGAAGACCUCAUCCUCACCCACGUCCCCGGCGCCCAACGCGUCUUCAUCUUCGACCACACCGUCCGCCGCAACAAACCCGCCGCCCACCGCACCCCCGUCACCCGCGCCCACGUCGACCAGACCCCUGCCAGCGCCGAGGCGCGCGUGCGCCUCCACCUCCCCGACGAAGCCGACACCCUCCUCCGCUCGCGCUAUCGCAUCAUCAACGUCUGGCGUCCGCUCAACGGGCCCGUGCAGGAAAUGCCGUUGGCGUUUGCGUCCGCGACCUCGGUGGAGCAAGGGGACUUGGUGCCCGUGGAGCAUCGGUAUCCGGACCGCACGGGCGAGACGGCCGCGGUGAGGUUUAAUCCGGGGCAGAAGUGGUAUUAUUGGUCGGGCAUGGGGGAGGGGGAGAGGUUGUUGUUGAAGUGUUCGGAUUCGGGGGAGGGGGUGGUGGGGAGGAGGGUGCCGCAUACGGCGUUUGUGGAUCCGAGGACGCCGGUGGGUGCGAGGGGUAGGGAGAGUAUUGAGGUGCGGUGUUUGGUUUUUGGAUAG